AUGAGCAAAGAUAGUCAAUUGAGUCGACUGAGUGACAAAGAGGUUUUUGCCCACACGAUUUAUGGAGAGGCUCGGGAUCAGAAAAAGAAAGUUGGACUGCCUGGAUGGACUUGGCCCGCAUGGGUGAUCAAGAAUCGCGCACGCUACAAUGAAGGAUAUUGGGGUGGUGAUUCGAUUCGACGUGUCUGCCUGCAUCCGGGUCAAUUCGAAUGCUGGAAUGAUGGAAUUUGGCAAAAAUGGAUCCCAAUUAAAGAGAAAAGGACUUAUGAAGACAUUCGUCGAGUGACCGAUCAAAUUUUCGAUCAACGGUGGAGUCCCCAAGCCGAUCCCACUCACGGUUCCGAUCACUAUCACAAUCCGGAAAAUGAGAAGAGACCGUCCUGGGUUGGCAAAUGUGCUCAUAACAUGAAAUCUGAGGCUCGAAAACGAGGAGACAUGAAACUGAUGAUAAUGAUAACAGUCACCCACAUGUUCUCGAUGCUCAAUUUCCUAAAUGACUUGAUUUUGACGAUUAUUUUUGACAAUAUUGACGCCGAGUUGACAGCGUUAAAUUCUUUCUGGCAAGGCAAUGUGUUUCAAUUCAUUUUCCGAGCACUGAUGGGAUUAGUGGUCAUCGGCUUCAAUUGGCCCGCUAAAGUGCCCAAAAAAACAAUGAACAACUUCAUCUAUCCGAAUGACUCAUUAGCAAAGUUUGGCCUAGAUGUGUACGAUUCACUACAUCCUGGUUUACUUCAAACCUUUGCUAAUCAAUGUAAUUCAGAAUUGAUGCAAACUCGACCGAAUCUAAUAAAAGGGAUAAUCUAUGUGCUCAUCGGCACCACCUAUGAGAUUCUCUAUUUGUUGUGCAUGAUAGCGAUGUGCCAACCGAAAUUCUUGGCCAUAAUCUGCUAUCAGAUACUCUUUGUCAUCGGUUUUUUCGACAUGUUGAGCAUGAUCUCGAACUCGCUAUUGCCUGGGUAUUGGCUGAUCACAGGGCAAUCGUUCUGCCGCAGUCCGAUGCUCAAUCUUUCUAUUGGAGCCUCAGCUUUUCCUUGUUGGGCCACGUACAGCGCGUUAAGCAUCUCUCUGGCAAUAAAUCGUUGCGUCGAUUUUACAUUUCCAAAUAAACAAGAGAUGAUAUUCGGGGGGAAAGCGAUCAUCUUGUGGACUGGGUUGCCGAUCGUUUACGGCUUGAUUUUAUACUUGAAAGUGCCCUCAGUGGUCUACCAUGCACCCACAGCCAGCUACUAUUUUGGGGCCGAUCCCAUGAAAGCACAGGCCCCAUUUAUCUUCACCAUUAACAAUAUUUUUAUGGCAAUUUUAAUUUUGUUCCUCAAUGUGAUCAUGAUUCGAGCGAUGCUUUACCGAAACCUCAUCUCAAUGACCAAAACACAACGAAUGAUCGCGUUUCAAUGUUUCGGGAUCAGCAUGUCUGUUUUGUUAACCGGUUGGCUUUAUGUGGCCAUGCAGUUCCUUCCGAUGCCCAACUUCAUGAUCACUGUGGCCAACUUAUGCUGGCAAUUCUCAAAUGGCUCAAUGGCUAUUUUCUAUUUGACCGUAAACAAAACGAUGCGAAAAGAAGUGUUGAAGUUGUUGAGGAUUCCGCGGAAAAAUAACCGAAUCUAUUCAACGUCCACUGGACCCCAGGCACCUAAGCACAACCUCUCGCCUCCGAAUUGC